AUGAAGGUAACAAUUUGUCUUUUAUUGUUGGUUGGUUUAGCGGUUGUUAACGCCAAUGUUGAUCUACGACCUCCUGGUCGUCGACGUCGUAAUGUUGGCUCUGUUGAUGAAGAAUUGGCACAAGUUACAUUUAAUGUUGCUCCUCCUGGUGGUCGACGUCGUAAUGUUGACUCUGUUGACGAAGAAUUGGCACAAGUGACAUUUAAUGCUAGUCCUCCUAAUGGAGGCCGCCGUCGUAAUGUUGACUCUGUUGAUGAAGAAUUGGCACAAGUUACAUUUAAUGUUGCUCCUCCUAGUGGUCGACGUCGUAAUGUUGACUCUGUUGACGAAGAAUUGGCACAAGUGACAUUUAAUGCUAGUCCUCCUAAUGCAGGCCGCCGUCGUAAUGUUGACUCUGUUGAUGAAGAAUUGGCACAAGCGGCUGUAAACGCAAAUGUUGAUCUAAGACCUCCUGGUCGUCGACGUCGUAAUGUUGGCUCUGUUGAUGAAGAAUUGGCACAAGAUGUGCGAGGGUUGGUAGCCUAUGUGUGA